AUGAAUUGGCUCUCAAAUGUGUUAGUAGUAUGGGCGUUUAUUUCAGCUUUAGAUGAUAGCUGGGGAUCUGUGGUGUUAGGCCAGAAACUAAGACAUUUGUCACUCGUUCUGCACGCCAAAUGUACUUACUCUUACGAAGUAGCAGUACAUACAGUAAGAGGCGCUCAUUCUACAGCAAGCGAUGGAUUCCAAAUUCAUGCUCUGGUAAGUUUGUAUUUUUACAGAUAUCUUUUUUUGUGUUCAGCUAUUUCCGUGAUGACAUAGUUCGAGUUUUGAUUGUAACUUUUUCAAUUCUUAUUUUCUCUGAUUACCCGCAAAGCGUGCAAAAGGCGAUAAGUUAUACGAGUGUUGAUUUUAGCAACACCAAAUAUUGCCUGCGCGUUGGUAGAUUUCGUGGCAAGUUGCGCGACCCUAAGUGUUUUAUAUUCAUUUCAAAAUCGCAGCGGGCAGCGUGUAUAAAUAUUAGAGCUAUGAGUUCUUAGUUAUCACUUAUGCAUCAACUUGCUGUAUUUUAGCGUUUUCGUUACGACUCUGUGCGUGAAGAAGUAUCUUGGUAGGGUUUGAAUUCUAAUGCGGAAGUUUCCACUUAAAUUCCUCCCCUUCCGAAAAUUGAAUAUGACUUCAUCAAAAAACGUUUUAUUGGCAGUUUAUCCAAAUUAUCCUUUUAAUGAUUGUCUGUCGUUUGACUGUUUUGAUUGAAUGACUGAUUAGCGCUUAAAUUUUUUUGUUUCAGAAUUGAUAUUUCUAUGCCAAGGGUUAGACAAUUCAAAUGAAAAUAACACAGCAAGAGCUGAGACUAUAGAAUAUUGCCUGCGCUAAAGAGACGUCGUGUCAGUUUAAUUUGUACAUCUCCUAAUUUUAAGUUAUAAUUUGAAACAAUACCUUAGAUAUGUAACCUACAGCCGCAUUUUCUAAAGGCCACAUCAACUGGGAUUUAGUAACAACAUGAAAAUUUAAUUGAUACUUUGGGUGAUAAAAGGUAUGACAUCUUAUGAGGCACCUAAAAUGUCAGUUGUAAGGGUUUCAACAGUCACAAAACAAAAUUCUAGAUAGCCUUUAUUCACGGUUCUAUUAAAGUUGAAGCCAAGCGAUUACAUACAGCUACUCUUUCGUGCGUACAGUUUAAAGAAAACCUCCACCACAGCUUACCGUUCUGUCAUACUUCAGUGCUCAAAGGUUUUAUCAAGUUAACUAUGUUUUCCAUGCAAGCUUGCUUGCGUUUGGGAACAACGUUAUUGAAGCAAUUUAUCAUGAUUAUUUGUCUUAGAAAUGCAUUUGAAAGAAACUUGAACUAAGAAACGCUUACUAAUAGGUUAAUUUGGCGGGAACCUUCGUCCGCACAGAACAGUAAUCUCACUCCCACCAUCUUACUUUUUUCCUUUUGCCAUUGACUGAAACACUAUAAAAAUGUGGAAGUGAUAUGCGCAAUUAUCACCAUGCCGACAGCACGCUCGAACUCUACCAGCUACAGCCGCUGCUUUGAAAAGAGCAGUCAUUUCUUACAUGUAGUAGGUUGACAUACAAAGCCGAAAAACUUGUGGGAGUGACAUGCACUCACCUUGGUUACAGCACGUUCCGCCAUAUCCCGGUCGACAGCUACAGCCACGACUAUGAGGAGUACCGCCAUUUUGACAGGUAUCUCGGUUGCAAGCUCGCGUUUGCCGUAGAGAAAAAGGGCAUCUUCCACCACAAGAAGCGGCCCGCGUCAGCCGCCUCGUUCGUGUCUGUGUACCGCUAGUACCGCAUUGAUGCGAGCAGGAACUCCAGCUUGUCCAGCUACUGACGAGGCAGUCAACAGCGCUGCAGGGCGGGGGAGCGGCCCUCCGUCGCCGUCUUCUUCUUCCCCAGAAAGAAUUUGCCUCCAUCAUCAAAAGAAGGACGCAAAUUAUUAUCAAAGUUCUUUUCAUAUUUAAUUUUCAUAUAGAUUACAUGCAAUGACUACUUUGCCUACUUUUCUGAGGUUUUCAUUUACAAUCAUAGAGAACUAUUAAUGCAAAAUGGAAGAAUUUAUUCCACUUUGCGUAUUGACUGACAAGUGACCUGUCUGACAACCACGAUAUCAAUGAGGGCACUCGAUUUGUUGAAGUCUUUACACCACAAUAUCAAUGUGCAUAUUCUUUCCUUCAUCCAAAGUGCUUGAUGAAAGUGUCAGUCAUAUUACCAAAUACUCAAAUAAUUCUGAACCUAUUGAUUUGAUUGUAUCAUAGAUUUUGCAUGUCUUGAAAUUCCCGGUUUUGAGAGGAUAGAGCCCGAUACUACAACGAACAAACACAAUUGAACGCUAAAAUACGGGUUAAAGAAUUUAAUACACAAUAACUCUAAGAUGGCAUACCUUUUUUUAUGCUUUUAAAGUAAUUGUUUAUUGUUAUUUUUUCACUGCGUCACUGUUGGUUUUGCCAAACUUCGGCUCAAUAUAUGAAGAUAGAAAAAAAUCAAGCCCUUAAUUUAGUAAUAUAUGAAGACAGAAAAAAAUCAAGCCCUUAAUUUAGUAACGUAAACAGUGCUUAUGUCAAGUAGUUUUUUUAAACCUCUUUUCAGAGAGGGCCGGUUUAUGGUGAUUCAAAAAGUGGGAAGUCCAUAAAUAUUUUAGACAUUCAAAUACCCAUAAAAAUCUAGGUCUUUUGCAUCUGUCACCUCAAAAUUUACCUUUUGACUAAUUUCCAAGUGAUUUUACCUUCCUUGACUGCACGCUGCAAGGGCCUAUUGGCUGGUUGAGCUUUCUUGCAGGUAGUUAAACUCCAAAAGAAUAGUAGUAGGUGUUUUGCAAAGAAGUAUUCUUUAACACGAACGGAUCCCUUCAUCAGUGAUGACGUUUGUUGUUAUUCGCGGACUCGUUUUAAGAGCCUGCAAAAUUGUUCCAUAAAUUGAGGGAAGCUAGUUGCCCUGAUCACAGUUCAUUUCCAGGCUCCGAGUAAGAAUGUUUAUCGCCUCGCGAAUCUUGCGUGAAAGGAGGUGGUUUUCUUAGCCAAUAAUUUCUUCACUGGCCCAGUCGGUGGAGUCGCCCUCGUCCUUAGACGUUUGAUUAGUCAUAAAACUAUUCGUCGACCGCGUAUAUUAACCAUUUUGAUGCAAUGCCUCCGUCACUUUACGCGUUUUGAUAUACUAUUAUCGUUUUGUUUAAUUUAAAGAUCUUCAAAUGCCAAAUAGUUAAUUUUUCCGCAUUGAACUAGAAGACAGCUAACCUUCUCCGUUUUAGAAGUUCUUUUUCAAUCUCUUUACCAAAAAGGAAAAUGUAAUGAAGGAGUUAAAAAGAGAGUGUUGGUUGGCGAAAGUCAUCUAUUCACACCGAAUCUCUUACCCUAAGCUCAGAUUAUAAAAUUAGAAAACCUUUGAACAGGGUUGAAGGAGGAUUUUGUGAUAGAGGGGGCCUCGAGAUAUACGGUAUACAGUGGCAAUGUGGAAAGCACCCAUCAGGACUGCGAACGGCGCACUUUUCUUGGGAGUUUCGGGCGCGUUCUCCUCCGGGAAAAUUUUUAGAUGCAAUCUAGUGCAUUCUGGACGCUUAAACAAAGCUCGAAGUACCAUCCGACACACGUUUAGAAAAGGGAAAAAAUUCCCGGACAAAAGGGGAGACCGAGACCUCCUGGCCCACCUCUAAAUCCCCCCUGGUUAUUUUUAUUUCCCCUUGAAUAUUUCACAGCUAAUCAAGAGAAACGCUUUUGUCAAGCUUUUCACAACUCGGCAGUCGUAAUGAAAUAUGGCUUUCUGCAAUAAUCCUGAUUGUGUUCGUGAGCAGGAAUUUUCUAAUGCCAGUGGAUGUAAGGCUGUUUCUAAAUUUGAAAAAAAGUAAUUUAUCUGAAAUUUCUCUGACAUAUUCUAAAGGAAGUAGAUUCAAUCUGAUAAGCCUUAACCUCCGACUCUCAUGAUCUGACUUCCCCCCCCACCCCCCCGCACUUAACACUGCCGUCUCACAGAGAAAGAUAUAGAAUGCUUGAGUGAAAUGCACUCACCUUGCCCGCAACAGGUUCCCCCAUAUCCCGUUCUACAACUACAGCCGCUGCUAUGAGGAGUGCCACCGUUUUGACAGGAAUCCCGGUUGCACGCUUCCGUUUGCCGUAACUCGUAAGGACAUGUUCCACCACAGGACGCGACGCGCGUUUGCUGCCGUGUCCUCUCCCGUGUACCGCUAGUACCGCACUGAUGCGAGCAAGAACUCCAACUUGUCCAGCUAUCGACGAGACAAUUUAAAGCGCUGCAAGGCGGAGGAGACCUCCGUCGUCUUCUUCUUCGCCAGAAAAAGGAAUUUGCCUCCAUAAUCAAAAGCAGUGCGCAAAUUAUAAUGAAAGUUCUUUUCAUGUUUGUUUUGCAAUACUGGCACAGGCUACUUUAAAAAUGAUUGGUUCUGGUUUUAGACGAUCGCUCUUUUUAAAUCACAGUACACUAAAUUAAUGCAAAAUUGAAAACUUCCGCUUUCGGUGUUUGUCCACGCGUGAAUAAGUUCGUCUUCUCCAUGCGCUUUUUCUGGUACUUCUGAGGAAUCUUUACAUGAAAAUCAAUACCUUACAAUUUUUGCGCUAUUUUGUUGGUAAAUAGAUUCUAAUCACUUUCAUUAGUAUAACCUUUAGCCUUCGCUUUAAAAUUUUCUUGCUUGAAUUGAUUUCUUACGAUGCCUACAUUCUUUUGUAUCUAACUGUAACAUUUAAAAAAGUUAAAGCUUGGGUUUUUUGCUGUUUUCAUUUAGCCCGGUUUUUCAGCCGCUAAUUUUAUUUUAGCCAUGGUAAACACUCGUACUUACUUACAAAUUCUGUUAUUUUAAAGCAAUUUAGCCAUGCGAGAAGAGGAAGUCAUCCUGUUUCAGCUUCGGGGAAUUUGUUGUAUUAUUAAUUGAAAGUAAUAGACACAGCAGUAAUGCUAUUUAAUGAAAUUUUCUGAAAUUAACAAGUUGUUCUGGCUAUAAAUAAAGCCAGAACGCCAAUCACGUUUAAUUAUAAUCUCUUGAAUAGCGCUAAAAAACGUUUGAACAACUGGAGCCAGAACGCCUAGUUUAAUUAUAACUUACAGAGUUCCUGUUUUCGCUGAAGCUAGUUGCGUCACAACUGGGUUUCUCUUAGACAAUUGUAAUUAUUUAAUCUGAGGUUUUUUCAUUGAUUUUUGUACAUCGAUGCGUGAAAAUAAUGGUGUUUAUGUUAAAUUUGGUUGCCUUUUUACACAAACGACUCGUUUUGUGGAAGCUUAAACGGAAGGCGGGAAUAAAACCGCGUUCCGUGGAUGUGGGCGAAGAAAAAAAGCCGUUGCAGCUGAAUUAGCUGCAUUGUUCAAUAAAGGGCAGUUGUGAUUAGAAAAUAGUAAAAGCCGAAGCUAGCCGAGGAAGCUUAUUUCGGCCCUUGCAAUGUACAUUAAGUGCCUUCUUGCUUGUGUCCUUACUCUACUUGCAAAAAGUUUGCAAGGAAAGACAAUCAAUGCGCAAUUUCUGCGACUGAGCCAUUUAACAACUUGUACAUAUGAUUAUGAAGUGUCAGUCCAUACUGCGAGAGGAGCCAAGUCUAUAGCGAGUGAGGGAUACCGCGUUCAUGCUUUGGUAAGCUACAAGUCAUUUAAUUAGAAUUAUCCCAAUGAAGUAACUGAUAGUGCAUGAUUGAUUAUUCUCGAGAGUACUUUUAAAAAAGUCUGAAACUGGAACAGUACAUGAUAGUAAAGUAGAAGGUACCAAUAGCGUUACUGGGAUGUAAGGGUUUAUAGAUAUAACCCUACAAACUUUGUCAAUUGAACUGAGGCCAUUGCAAAGGGUCAACUGUUAUAUAUUCAUUGCUUUUAUUUGCUCGUUGCAUUUAACUCAUCAGUUCAAUUUUUCGUAACGGGUUUUUAAUUGUUUUUGUACCGUAUGAACAAUUACUGAUGCACAAUGAAAAACAUGAUAGCAAUUAAUAAAGUACAGUGCGACGUAGUAUUCAGUAUGAGUUGCUCUAACUGAAAAAAAAAUUCGCUUUAAUGUACUUUCAAAUAAUUUCGGCCAAACUAUCAAAACAAAAUCAUAACCGAGCUAACUUGAAUUCAGGCAACUCAUCUAUACAUCUAUUGCAAAUAUAACUAUUCAUACGUAACGACAAGUUCCUGCGUUAGGAAAAACCCGAAGCAAACGAUGAUAAACUUAAUUGGAUGAUGAGAUUCGUUGUUGUAAUAGAAACGCAAAGCCUUCGAAAAAGGUCGGGAACGAGGCAGUAAGUACAGCAGAUUCGGGCAUUGUUUGUUGUAACGGGUUCUAUUGAGAGCCUUUUCCUUCAGUGAUUUUCUGAUCUGGUAUCAUAUUAAACAGAUGAUAUUAUUAAUAAAAAUUUGAGAAUUCCUUCACCCAUAAGAAUCCGGGAAUUCGGAUAACUUUUUUAUCAUCUUUUUCUUUUUGGCGUGGACUUAUUCCGAAUUUCCGCAUACCAAACCUGAUUCAUCCCGCCAAGCAGUUCCAGUAGCAGCAAAAAAUAACAAGAAGUCAAAAGUGAGCACAAGAUACUUUCUAUGAGAAAACCCAAAAGAAAAUCCAAACUGCUAGUUCACUGAUCAGGUUUAGAAAAUUAAAAGACAACCCGUUUUUCUAUCAAAACCCACCUUCUAUCAAUCCCAUGCAGACCUUUAAAGAACGAAAACAGUUUGUUAUAAGAUCAGUGUUUACACGAAUAAGACUGCAGUUAUCAAAUGAAUGUGAGUUGUCUUUGGCAUGGGAUUUUUACAUCAUGUAAAAUACUAACAACUCUAAUAAACCGUUGAUAUUAAUUGCUUUUAUGGAAAUGUAUGUCCUUGAUUUUAUCGAUUAGUUUUCGUUUUGCAUUUGAUAUAAUUACACUAUACAUUAUCCUCUUAGGUGUCAUCUAGAAUGCGAUACUCUUUUCGAUAAUUUCUGUGUAACAAUUUGAUAUUCGUUUGUUUAGUCAGUAACUCUAAAGUGUUUAUAGCCCGUUUUUGUAGGCUUGUCAGGCAGGAAAUGUACUUUGCGGCUAUAAGAAGUCGAGUUGUAUAUGUUUCCAGCUUAAAAAAGUUGAUUUGAAGAAUGUUUACAAGCCUUUCUUCACUGUUACUUUAAAAACGGAUUUGAGAAAAACAAGGUACUGACGUAUUUAAUGCAUCACUUUAAUUAUCUAAGCCACAAAUCAGUAAGACCGCAAUUUCGUGGAAGCUUAAACGGAAACCAAACAAACGAUAUUGGUUGUUGGGCAUUCUUUUUUUUCUAAAAUUCUUUGCAUAGUUCUUUUAUCAUUUUUUUACGUAGCAAGCAAAACAUCGAGGCAGUUUUUUUGGGCCCCAGCAAUGUACGUCAGCUGCCUGUUUGCUUUUGUUUUUACUCUACUUGCAAGCAGUUGGCAAGGAAAGACAAUCAACGCGAAAUUUUUUCGACUGAGCCAUUUAACAACAUGUACGUAUGAAUACGAAGUGUCAGUCCAUACUGCGCGAGGAGCUAGAUCUACUGUAAGUGAGGGGUAUCGCGUCCACGCUUUGGUAAGAUAAAAUUUUAUUUACCCCUAUAAUAAAACCUGACUAAUAGUGGAAUUACGUCUGGCCUUUAAGUAUUAAUAAUGACCCAAUAUUGUGUUUAGAUUCCGUACUCCUAAUGCGGAGUCCAUACAUUCAUUUUUCGAAUCAAACAAUUACGUUGGACGUAUACACAACAGAACUUUCGUCCUAAUUGCACCUCAUUGAUUAUCGAUUAGUUUUCGUUUUGCAUUUGAUAUAAUUACACUAUACAUUAUCCUCUUAGGUGUCAUCUAGAAUGCGAUACUCUUCUCGAUAAUUUCUGUGUAACAAUUUGAUAUUCGUUUGUUUAGUCAGUAACUCUAAAUAAUGAGAAUAAAUAAAAAUAAAUAUAAAUAUAAAUAAUGUUGAGAUUCUACUUGUGACCGGACCUUAAUAUUGUGAGAACAUAGUGAGACGGAAAAGAGAGAGUGACAGCCUGCAAAGUUAAAUGAAAAAACUCCAUUCUGUAGAUUUACAAGAAAGAAAUAGAAACCCGUCAAAGUGCUAUAGGUGCUGUCUGCUUUCAGACACAACAGAUUUGUUGUUCAGUUGCCCUUUUGAGGUUUUAUCAUGAUUAUUGUUUCCAACUGCCAUCCUUUUACAAGCGAAAACACCUAUAUAACUCACCUUGCCCGCAACACGUCCCACCGUAUCCUGCUCUACAACUACAGCCAUAAUUCUGAGGGGUGCCACCAUGUUGACAGCGGUCUCUGUUGCAAGCUCGCGUUUCGCGUAAAUGAUAAGGACAGGUCCCGCCACAGGACGUUGCGUGCGUUUGCUGCCGUGUACGUGCCUGUGUACCGCUUGUACCGCACUGAUGUGAGCAAAAACUCCAACCUGUCCAGCUACUGACGACACAGUUUACAGCUCUGCAGGGCGGGGGGGCCCUCCGUCGCCGUCGUCUUCUCCAGGUAUCUACCUCCGUUAACAGAAGCAGGAGGCAGAUUAUCAUCAUAGCUCGAUUCAUCUUCGCGGUUUGUUGCAAGUAUGUAGUUGUAUAUGUUUCCAGCUUCAAAACUUCUGAAGAACAAGUUCCUUCCUGCCUUAUAAAGGGCAGCCAACAAUAUGUUGAUUUGAAGAAUGUUUACAAGCCUUUCUUCACUGUUACUUUAAAAACGGAUUUGAGAAAAACAAGGUACUGACGUAUUUAAUGCAUCACUGACUUUAAUUAUCUAAACUACAAAUCAGUAAGACCGCAAUUUCGUGGAAGCUUAAACGGAAACCAAACAAACGAUAUUGGUUGUUGGGCAUUCUUUUUUUUCUAAAAUUCUUUGCAAGGGUCUUUUAUCAUUUUUUUACGUAGCAAGCAAAACAUCGAGGCAGUUUUUUUGGGCCCCAGCAAUGUACGUCAGCUGCUUGUUUGCUUUUGUUUUUACGCUACUUGCAAGCAGUUGGCAAGGAAAGACAAUCAACGCGAAAUUUCUUCGACUGAGCCAUUUAACAACAUGUACGUAUGAAUACGACGUGUCAGUCCAUACUGCGCGAGGAGCUAGAUCUACUGUAAGUGAGGGGUAUCGCGUCCACGCUUUGGUAAGAUAAAAUUUUAUUUACCCCUAUAAUAAAACCUGACUAAUAGUGGAAUUACGUCUGGCCUUUAAGUAUUAAUAAUGACCCAAUGUUGUGUUUAGAUUCCGUACUCCUAAUGCGGAGUCCAUACAUUCAUUUUUCGCAUCAAACAAUUACGUUGGACGUAUACACAAUUUUGUUGAAAGGAAAUGCAUCCUUGAAGGUUCGUGUAUGACAAAAAAAAAGAAUUAAAAUUAAGAAAAUGCAUUGAAAACAACAACUAAACAACCUUUAAAUAUACAUGAUAUAAGAUACACAAAUAGAAUUCAAAGCCUUCCGAGUUUCUUAUUUUUUUAUUUGGAUCCAUGUUGAGUUAAAAUAAAGUUGUUUAGUAAAAUUGUCCUUCUGGACUUUUGCGUAAAAUUCUCUAAAACGAUGCCCUAUUGUGCAGCACCCCCGAACUCACUUUGAGGUAACUCAACUCAGUAUAACUCCGGAAGCGUAACUCGCCGUCUUGAAGGACCCGUAACUUCUGAGAACAGAUAUCACUUGUCCAUAAAUGUGCCGAGAAUGUUAUCGCUAAAAGUACCUCUCACUCUUUUAAAUUAGCGAAAAAUGAAAAUCAAUCACAGCAUAAAUUUUUGAAUAGAUAAUGGUCAAUAAAAAAAAUUAACUGAUAGCAUUUUUCUUUUGAAUUACUAAUGAUAGGUAAUUUGCCUUCCAUUUCCAUGCAUGCAUGAGGAAGUUGCAAAUUAGAAUUAAAAAUAGAAGGCAGCGAAGAUUUUUGGUCAGUAAUAUAGUGACCAGUAAAUGACUCGACUAGACUCAAAGUGGGUUUAGCAAACUGAUUUCUAGGGGCUAAUUGCUUACAGCAAAGGAAUCGCUUUUUAAUAUGUUUGAAUGUCUGCUUCAAUAGACUUGUUUCUCGCAUGAAAAUGUAAUACGAUUCAGUUUCAAAAUUAGAAAAUACAAGAAAACGAGUGUCUGAUUCUUCGCCACAUAAUAUCAAUGCUCAGUGACUCAGUGGUAAUUGAUUGAAAGUUCGCAUAUUAAAUAAGUCUUUAAAGGUCAAAAUUGAGCUGAUAAUGAUGAUUUUCAUGAUGCUAAAUACAUCCUAUUUUAUCUUGUAAAAUACCUCAAACAGUGCCUGAUCAUCUGCAUCUCAUGUCUUUUACCAAGUACAUAUUAUUGGCUUGAAAUGAUGAUAAAGUGCGCCACGCCGAAUAUGUUUGCCUUUUUUUCUUCUGUGUGUGUGUUUUUUUUUUGAACCUAACUCUUUUCAAAAGAUUCAAAAUUAUACAAAUCGCGCUAUGUUAGAUCGACAAUGACGCACCCCGGCGUACUAAACAUUUUUGACUUAUCACUGCUCCGUCACAUCGCCAUUACUUAGUAGGCCAAACGAAAACCCAAGGGGUUUUGAUAACGAAGUCUUACCUUAAAUCGCGUGAUUCCUUGUUUUUGACAUCAGAGCAGACUCAACGCAAAACGCGCCAGGUCAACAAAAAGGAGAAAGACGUUUCGUUCAAUUUUGCCUAUGUUUAUAGCUUACUGCAUUGCAUAAAGAGUGUUAAAAAAGGUUCUAUCAAUCGCAUCCAUCAUUUGUUUGUUCGUUUACCAUGUUUGAUUUGUCUGUGUAAUCAAAUGGUGACUAGUGAAAUUAGGGAAUAAUUUCACGCGCGUUUUGUCCAAAUCCUUAUAAUUUCCCGAGCCUUUAGGCAAGGGAAUUUAUUAGGAUUUGGACAAAACGCAAGUGAAAUUAUUCCCUAAUUUCACGACUAUACCAUUUGAUUACCUAUUAAUAUCAUGGGUGACGAAUUACCUUAGCAAUCGAGGAUGUUUGACUUGUUUAUCCUGGAUCGUAUCGAUCGAUCGUGAACUCCACUCUCUCAAACGUUUAGAGCAGAAAUUUGGCUUAAGUUUUCAGAAUUCAGUUUCGAGAACAUACCUCUAAGAAUCCUUCUUGAUGUGCUCUUUCGUGUGUUCAGGUUUUCUAAAGCGCCUUUUUAUGCCCUGACAUCUUCAUUUAUAACAUUUUAAAACUUCGUCGCCAUCUUGAGACGGAAACGUACGGCAGGUUGCCAUGGCAAUUUAGUAAUUUCACAUGUGAAAUUACAAAUUAACGCUGAAAUUUCGCGCCAAAAUUAAGGAGUAUUUCGUCACCUAUGAUAUUACAAUGGGAAACAUUGCUCUUUCCUUUACCUCACUUGUAAUGCAAUUAGAAGUGGAAUAAAUUCGGCGUAUCCACUUGUUUUCUUCAUUUAAAGUUAUUUACGGCGGAUUAUAACCAGAGGAAAACAAUUCCCGGUUAUGUACUCUUUGCUUAUUAAUAAGUUCAAUAAUACACUCAUUCAGCUAUUUCAAGGCGUCGGAUUAUAUCAGUGAACAUUGGCUUUUAGUUUGCAUUUCAACGUGAACAAGUAACCAAAAUAUUUUUCAGCCAUUACAGAUGUAUUAACAUAUAGAUUUAGCCAGGGCUAAAAGCGAAGCAAAAUUAAUAACUUAUAAUUUAAAUCAAACAAUAAACGUUUAAUCCACAAAUCAGUUAACUUAAGGGCACAUUCAUGUGACUUUUGAGGGAAAGGCUAAGUUAUUUUAGAGUGAAACAUCUUACAUCGAAUUGAUAACCUUAUAUGUACACCCAAAAAAUUAGACCUCGAAAACAAAUUCUUGGAAAACAAAUCACGCCAAAUUUUUUUGCGUUCGACAGGUUUACUUUACAAAUUCUUGCCAACAAAUCUGGGGGUGUUUAAACCAACAUUUUAUAAUUUUUAUACAUCACAUUUGAGGUGAAACAGUACUAUUUAUCAUACAGACCUCGGGCAGAAUGCGGUAUUUCACAAUUUUUCAAGACAAAUUGCACUCAGUCAAUAUUCAGGACGAUAAAUCGCGGGCUUUGAAACCGUUCAAAAAUGUCCAAAAUCACCCAUACGGCCAGCUGGUUCUCGUUUCUAUAGAGCGAGCUGUCAGUGUGGUCGAGAGUUUGAAUGAACUUUAAUAGAGUUACGCUUCAACAUAAUAGCGAAUUUAUUAUUAUUUUGUUUGUUAUUUAAUGGUUUCAGUUAUAACGAUGUGUAAUCUUAUAAAGCGUUUGAUACGUACGCGCGACAUUUUUGAGUACUCCUGCAAGCGAUGUUCAUGAACGAUGAAAACAAACGGCACGGACAAGCGAUUAAAAUUGCAAGAGAGACUACUAACAAUCAAAAAAAGAAAUAUAAUUCGGUGAAACAUUUACAGAGACAACAAUUUUCAUUCACGAAGACAAGUAUUAAAGUGUCUCUAAACAUCCUGAGUCUUUAAGCGUAAAGCUUAAGCCUGUUUCCCGGCGCGGUGUUUACUGUUUUCGAAGGUGAACUCCUCGAAGCAAGAAAAUCGCUCAAAGUUUUCUUUCUACAGCCAAAUUUAUAACUAAGUAUUCUUCGGAAAGUUUUCUUUCUAUUUGUGGUGAGCAAAUAUAUCUGAAGCCAAGGCUUUUUAAAGUUUUGUAAGCUUAUAUCAAACCUGAUACUAGGUCAGAUCAGUGACUCAAAUCCUACAAACGUGCAUAAACUUGCCGCAUAAACUGUCAGCGUGAAUUGUGCAAGACUUCAUGAAAUUAGAGUAACAAAAACAAUCAUCAAAUACAAUAAUUACUUAGGCUUACCUUUCGAGAUUCAGUUCCUGAAAGCUAUCAAGGAAGGCCACAGUUGCUUGAGACUUUUAAACCCUCUUACGCAUUAAGCAAGGUGAAAAACAAAAACGAUACCAUCCGAAACCGAAUUACCGAAUUUUGACAAGCGACGCAUUUCUCAACCAAAAACCCAGUAAACAAAUCAGCCAUGAAUAACAGAAGACUCUUGAUAGCAGCUGUAUUUAUUUUAGUACAACCAGAGGAAAAAGACGGUUAAAAACAUCACAAGUUGACACAAAACUCUGUCAGCUUCAGCUGUCAAAGUAAACAACUUUCAAGAUGCUGCACAAUUUUUCCUCAUGAACUCACCAGUCAAAUUUUGACCAAUCAGAGUAUAAAAAUUGGACGUAGAGCGUGACCAACGCGUGACCAUGGUAAGAAAAGGUCUUCCCGCCUGUACUUUAAAAAAAAACUGGCUGAAUUUUCGCUUCCGAGGUCAGUUUGAAAUCAAAAUCCUAAUAAUGCGGGGCCAUAGUGACAUAAACAAAACAUAUUUGAUAAGAAUCCUUGGAAAAAAUAAACUUGAGCCUGCGAUCACUUAAAACUGGUAAUUUGUCGGCGGAUAACUUCAAAAAAUAAUCGACCUCGAUGGGUCGACACUUGAGCCCGCGAUACGGUCAGGUGAUACUGGUCAGCGGAUACCCUGUUUUGAUAGCUGUCAAUUGAUCACAACAUUGAUGAAUACAUUGAUGUUAAUUAGUUUUCUCUUGGGCUCCCAAACUGGCUAAAAUGUGAGAGUAAACAUUGGUUUUCCUGUGGUGCGGACGGACGGUCGGCGGCCGGUGUACGGUCACGUGUCUGGGAUGGGUAGAAUUACUUAGCUAUGGGACUCCGCCCACGCGCGCGCGUGGAGCUCCGCUAAUAUUUGUUCAACCUCAAUAACGAAGGUGUCUGCUACUUGACGGUAUCAUUAAAAUAUAAAACAUUCUUUGCAAAUGUGUGGUCAAUAUAAUAUCUACCAGUAAUAACACGUUCUAAGCAUACUCAGAUUUCCUGGAUAAUCAACUGUGGUUCUCAUAUUUGAUUUGUUUUGGCGUUGUAGUUGCCUCUACUCUAAGUAUUAACUACUGCGCUGAUUAGUACGUACAGCAAAAAAUAUGUAGCAGUAGUAAAUUAAAGAGAUUAUUUUAUAUGACCCUUUCAGUCUGAAACCGCUAAGAUGCGAAUUAAUAAACGGGAUUUUACCUGCUAUGGCCUGCAAGGCAGUUAGGAACAAAUGUCAAUUGUAUCAGAAAAAACUAAGGGUUGCCUUAACUCACCGUACUCACAACAUGUUCCGCGGUAUCCCGAUCUACAGCUACAGCUAUUGCUGUUUGGAGUACCACCGUUUUGACAGCCAUCUCUAUUACACGCCUGCGUUUCACGUAAAUGAUAAGGACAGGUGCCGCCACAGGACGCGGCGCGCAUUUGCUGCCGCGUCCGUGCCUGUGUACCGCUUGUACCACACUGAUGUGAGCAGGAACUCCAGCUUGUCCAUCCACCGACCUGGCAGUUAACGCUGCUACAGGACCGUCUUCUCCUUCUUCGUCUCCUGCCCCACCAGGAAUUUGAUAGGGUCAACAAGAGCAGUAGACAGAUUGUCAUAAAGAUCUUUUUCAUGUUUAAUUUGAUGGUUGCUUGGUUCUUUACGGUCAGGCUGUUUGUUUGUGGCUCGUCUGCCGUUUCAAAAUGACAAAUUCUAAAUCACCCACUUAGCUAUUCUUUCCACACCGCCUGCACAUAUCUAUAACCACUAUUCUAACCUCUGCUUUGCCAAAAAGUGCGAUGAAACGAGAUUGAAGGAAACAAUCACUAAUACAGUGUAAGGUGUUCAAUGGCAUAUACUGUGUGUAAAUAAAAUAAAUCUACUUUAUUUAUAGAGGCCUAUAUACGUCAGACCUUUUUUUUAAAACUGACCAACUUGCGGCUCUUGUGUAUACUAUUCAACUGGCUGAUUGACUUCCGUUCACCUUAGUCCAUCAAGUGUAACAAGACAAAAAUAACCCUAUUUUACUCUUAAACUUUAUUAAAAACAACAUGCAUUUCUAAAAAGGAAGUACGAUUUGAAAAGAACAAGUACUUGAAUACUUGAAUUCGGGAACCGUUUGUUCGAUUUUACAGUCCGACCUCUCACACUGCGUCUAGCCAAGCCGGAAUUCGCCGUUAGGAGACAGCUUACCCGGAAUUUGCGCUCUCUUGCUUUUAUCGAUCGCUUCGAUGAAUAGCAAAAACUUGUGUAUUUUCAUAACGCUUCUAAUUGCGAGCAAUUUGCAAGGGAAAGCUUUCAGUCACAGUAAACACUUUCUAAGAUUGAAUCAUGUAACAACUUGUACAUAUGAUUACGAAGUGUCAGUCAAUACUGCGAGAGGAGCUAAGUCUACUGCAAGUUCACGCCUUGGUAAGCUACA